AUGAACUCUCUCAACGCUCUUGGAAACAGGCAAGUCGCGAGUCUCCAAGCCGACCUGGGGCGUAUGGAGUCCAGCGAGGGCGGACCCAGUGUGCAAGGCCAGAUCACCACGACGCUCGCGGCGCUGUCGCGCUUGAUAGACGACUACGACUCGAUGGCACGCAAGGAGAUGCAGACGGCGACGCGCGAGAAGGCCAACACCCGCGUGGCCAAGCUGAAGAACGAACACAAGGAGCUCAAGGCGCGCUUCGAGCGCGCAAAGUCAGAACGGGAUAUCAAGCUGGCGCGUAACGACCUGCUCGGCACGGCAAGCGGAAUAGCCUCAGGGCCAGCAGGCAUGGCGAUGCGCCGCGGGCAGGCGAACCACACGCCUGACCUCGUCGAGUCCCCCUUUGCCGGGCGCGACGCUGACCUGUUCCGGCCCAAUAACGAGCGGGAAGAUUACGCACUGCGUGAGCACAGUUUCAUCCGCGAGAGCGAGGGCCUCAUCGACGGAUACAUUGCACAAGGGCAGGCCGUGCUCGGCAACCUCGUCGAGCAGCGGGGCAUGUUGAAGGGAGCAAAGACGCGCCUGCUCAACACGGCGAACACGCUUGGCCUGAGCCGCGAAACGAUCUCGUGGGUUGAGCGCCGCACCACGCAGGACGCAUACAUCUUCUUUGGCGGGGCGGCGUUCACGCUCUUCUCGUUCUGGGUGAUCUGGCAUUACCUCGGUUAG